AUGGGCUUUAACCUCACCAGGACCGACUUCAUGUACGUUGCCAACACGCCCAAGGGCAGCGACUUCGGCCGUGGCGAGAUCCGCAAGUACGGACCCCUCGAGCUCGAACCUGCGGCCACCGUCUUCUCGUACGGCCAGUCCCUGUUCGAGGGACUCAAGGCUUUCCGAACGGCAAACAACCGAAUUGUGAUCUUCCGGCCAACGGAGAACUGCAAGCGCAUGAACGAGGGCGCCGCUCGCUUCCUCAUGUCCCCCAUUCCCGAGGAUGUGUUUAUGGACGGCAUCAAGGAGACCGUCAAGGCCAACGCUCACUACGUGCCCCCAUUCGGCAAGGGUGCGCUCUACCUGCGCCCUAUCGUCUUCGGUAGCGGUCCGGCGCUGGGCGUGGCCCCCUCGCCCGUCUUCACGUUCGUCAUCUACGCCUCGCCCGUGGGCAACUACUUCAAGGGCGGCAUCCGGGGUAUCAACCUCAUCGCCUCCGAGGACGUCCACCGAGCGGCGCCCAAGGGAGCCGGCUAUGUGAAGGCGGCUGGAAACUACGCGCCGUGCUUCCAGAUCCAGCAGGCCUCGAAGAAGGCCGGCUACGACGAGGUGCUGUUCCUCGACGCCAAGGAGGACAAGUACGUGGAGGAGGCCGGCGCGUCCAACUUCUUCUGCGUGACGCCCGAUGACACGAUCCACACCCCGUCGCUGCGGGGCACCAUCCUGCCCGGCGUCACCCGCAAGAGUCUCAUCCACCUCGCCCGCGAGAAGGGCAUCAAGGUGAACGAGGGUUCCGUGAGCAUCGAUACCGUGUGCCAGGCCAAGGAGGCCUUCUGCUCGGGCACCGGUGCCUCGGUGACGCCCGUCGCCUCCGUGACCUACAAGGGCAACAAGUAUCUCUUCAACAACGGAGAGGUGGGCAAGGUGACGCGAGACCUCUAUGACACGCUCGUGGGCAUUCAGACCGAGAGGGUACCUGACAACUACGGCUGGCUCUACGACCCCUUCGCCGACAAGCAGUAG